AGCAACCGUUAGAUUAGCUGUUCUUGGUUUUGACACAUCGGUUUACUAAUUAAUAUGUUCAAUACUGGAUAUGAUUUGAUGUUUAAGACAGCUGUGACGGUUACAAGUGAAUGAUAUUAGCUGUGUGUUAACCCGUUAGCUGUUUUGUGGCUAUCUGUCCCGGUGGUGGGCUAACAGGGAUGAGCUAAAGGUUUCCUCUGAUCCAGCGAGCUGCUACAUUAACAUUUCUAGUACAGGAGCGGCAGUUGCAACACAUAAGUGUUUACCUGCUGUCAGGAGUUGAACGACUUGGCACGGGACCCACCAGCCCAGUGUUCUGCAGGACCAGUAGGAGAUGACAUGUUUCACUGGCAAGCCACAAUAAUGGGACCUAAUGACAGUCCUUACCAGAGCGGGGUUUUCUUCUUGACCAUACACUUCCCCACAGACUACCCCUUCAAACCGCCAAAGGUUGCAUUUACCACAAGAAUCUACCACCCAAAUAUCAACAGCAACGGCAGCAUUUGUCUUGACAUCCUGCGAUCACAGUGGUCUCCGGCUCUCACCAUCUCCAAAGUUCUCCUGUCCAUCUGCUCUCUGCUGUGCGACCCAAACCCGGAUGACCCCUUAGUACCCGAGAUCGCCCGCAUCUACAAGACGGACAGGGAAAAGUACAACAAAAUAGCUCGGGAAUGGACACAAAAGUAUGCAAUGUAGUGUUGGGGUAGAAUCAUGGCCAACCACCUCUACGACAUAAGGUUAGGGGAGCUUCAGACGUAAAGAGAAAACAAACAAAAAACCAUACAAACAAAUGAAAAGUUUAAAACAAGAUCUUGUUGGUUUCCAUUGGAGUGCUUUCUUUGAGCCACGCCUCCCCUUCACCAGAGUACCUGUAAAACUCCCUCUGCCCCACCUUCUCUCUCUCUAUCUCUCUCUCUUUCUUUCUCUCUCUCUUUCUCUCUGUUUGGCUCUGUCUCCCCCUCCCCCCUCCCCUCCUCUCACACCUCUCAGCUCACCUGCCCACCCUCCAGUGUACAUAUUGUCAACUUGCAAUGGUUACGCCCGUCUCUCCUUGCCCUUUCUUCACCUCGUCCCUUCCUUGUGACCUCUGCCCCCUCCCCUCCUGACCUCUGUAUUCCUUUUACAUUUUGUCACCAUGCAGGUUGGGCUGUCGCAGCCUCCCCGACUCCCCCUUUUUCCUACACACCCCUGCAUCCUCACCCACUUACCCCAGACGUUAAUUACUAAAAGCAUUCCUUUGAGCAUCUGUAAAACUUUGAGGGGACCUUUUUCUUCUUUAUUUCCCU